AUGCAAAGCGGUGAGCCUUCUCUCGCUGUCACAAAGGCCUCCUCCUCUAGCGUCUUUAUUCUGGAUUGCCAGUCUCACACGUGGCGCACGGCUCCAAGCUUGCCGGUGGAGCUGUAUACUGUCUCUGUUGGCGUCAUCGAUGGAAAGAUUUAUGCCACAGGAUUAUGCGAUGAUGACGAUCCCAAUAAUAAUUUGAAGUUGAAGAAUUCACUCUCGCUUUUCGACCCAAAAACACAAGCUUGGGAUCCUCAGCCCCUCCCCUGCCGUCAGACAGUCGGUACGUUUUCCCGCCACAGCGCAUCUAUUGACGGAAAGUUACAUGUGGUGGCUCAUAAAAUGAUGGCUGUUUACGAUGUCAAGGAAUCUAAAUGGGACGUACUCUCUAAUCGAUCAAUGUAUUAUGGCAUGGUUCCUAAUUCUUAUUGCCAGAUAGAUAAUGUUGUCUACUCGGCUUCUCCGGAAGCAUUCAGAUGGUAUGACAUCCAGGCAGGAAGGUGGAGAGUUUUGCAGGGUUUGGUUGGACUACCCAUGUUUCGUCGUGAUUCUGUUUUCAGAUUGGCUAAUUUUGGUGGAAAGCUAGCUGUUAUGUGGUGGCAGACGAUCUGUUUUUAUACCGGUAAGAAGAAGAUUUGCUGUGCGGAGAUUGCGCUUGAAAGGCGCAGCAGCAGCGCAACUUGUGAAAUUUGGGGGAAAGUUGAGUGGUUUGAUCAUGUGCUUACCCUUACACCCAUCAGUGAAUUUGAUGAAUUCGUUAGUAUUAUUGCUGCUACUGUUUGAUGGAUGGAUGUGUCGCAAGGCUUCAACUUUUGUCUUCUUUUAAGUCUAUGUGAUAGACCAAAAAGUAGAGGACACAAAUUAAGGAAACCUGGGAGAUGGAAUUGAGUCAGUGAGUGGAGUAAGGAGGCUCACCUGUAACGAAGUAUUAUUGUGCUUUGAUUUGUAUUUGUUUAGUUUAUUUUACAUCAGUUCGUUUUCGGUGUUGUUCUGUUUCGUAGUUUUAAAAUUAAAAUCACUUUCUGUUGUACCCUUGUUUAAAAAGAGAGCAUUGUAACGUAUAAGAAUCAUCUUUGAGCUUUAAGGCAAGCAUAGUUCUCGUUUU